CUCUCCGCGAGAAAUCAAAAAAUCACUAAAAAAUUUAGUCGUCUUCCCCGUCGAUCACAACCCCGAGUCUCCUCUCCUCCCCUUUCCUCUCUCCCGCCUCGUGAUUCGCGUUGUGAUCUCUCCUCCUCUGCAAACCCUAAUUAAAACCCACUCUCCUUACCCCUUAACUCACCGAUUCCCCGAUUCUGACCUUCUUUCCUCUACCUCCAACAAUCAUCUCUUGUUCAGGGAACUGUUGUGUGUUGUUUAAGUAACCCUGUAAAGAUUGUAUCUACAGAAAAGAAUAUGCAACAAGUACCACUGGCUAGGUCUUCUUCUAAUGGAUUUGGUCGUCGAAGGGGAGGCGACAGAGAUAUGGGGACUAGGCUGGAAAGUAAGUUGCAGUCUGGAAAACCCAACCCUGCAAGGGUACCAAGUGCAGUUGUUGGUGGUAAGCUUGGAGGUUGUGAGAGUCCUCCCCGUGAUCGGUUGGUGUAUUUGGCAACAUGUCUUAUUGGUCAUCCUGUGGAGGUCCAUGUGAGAAGUGGAUCUAUUUUCACAGGAAUAUUUCAUGCAACAGAUUCAGAGAAAGAUUUUGGAAUCAUAUUGAAAAUGGCUCGCUUGAUAAAAGAUGGUACCUUACGAGGGGAGAAGGCUAUUGCUGAGUUUGUUAGCAGGGCUCCAUUAAAGACUUUAAUCAUACCUGCAAAGGACCUUGUGCAAGUUAUAGCAAAGGAUGUCGCUGUUACCAGGGAAGGCUUUGCUAGUGAACUCAGGCGUGAAAAGCAGCAAGAAAUAAUGACAGACUCUGUUAUAUCACAAUCUCGUCAUGUUGAGGUGGGAAGAGAGUUGGAACGCUGGGUCCCUGAUGAAGAUGAUCCACAGAAUCCAGAACUAGAAAAUAUUUUUGACUGCCCUCGGAAUAGGAACUGGGAUCAAUUUGAGACAAACAAACUCCUUUUUGGGAUAGAAAGUACCUUCAAUGAGGAACUGUAUACAACAAAGCUUGAAAAAGGUCCUCAGAUGAGAGAGAAGGAAAGGGAAGCAAUGAGAAUAGCCAAAGAGAUUGAGGGUGAAGAUACCAAGGAUCUUCAUUUAGCAGAGGAAAGAGGCCUUCAUCUUCAUGAUAAUCUUGAUAUUGAUGAAGAAACCAGAUUCUCUUCAGUGUACAGGGGCAGAAGGGUUGAUGAUAGUGGAUAUGAUGCAGAUGAGGAGAUAUUAUUGGAUUCACGCAAUAUUGAAACUUUUGGUGGUUCAUCUGCUUCUGUUAGUAAUAGGCCUACAGAUUUCCCCGGUUUAAAGGGCACUGAAAGAGUUGUUGUGCCAUCAAGCCCUUCCAUAAUGGAUGAGGCGCCAUCUUUACAAUCUACAGGUGAUGUGGAUAUAAACCAUUCUGGCUCUAAUGAUCUUGGCAGACAGCUGGCAUCUGAACUUCCUUUUAGAAGUAACUCUGAAAGUGAAAGCAGGAUCCAGGACAAUUUGCUUGAUGAUUGUGGAGGAAGUAGUGAUCCUAAAGAUUCUGUAGAAAAGCAAUCUUCAACUGAGGAUUCCAACUUGUCAAUCUCUAUGGAUUCUGAAUCAUUAUUAAUUGACAAGACUGACAGCUGCAAUAAAGGAGGGCUAUCCGCAAAUGCCACUACUUCUGUGUUGCAUGUUUCAUCAAAGGGUGGUGAAAAACAGAGCUUGAGUGAAGUCUCACAGGGCCCUGCUUCCAGCAAAGUGCCUGGUGAACUGCCAGUAAAUUUUCAUGGACGACCAGGUAGUUCUACAUCAUCCAACUCAGAUCGUGUUGGUGCUACCUCAGCUUCUAGUGGUCCUGGCUUAUCACCAAGUUCAUCAGUGGGUUCAUUAUCCUCAGAGAAGUCAACACUAAAUCCCUAUGCAAAGGAAUUCAAACUCAAUCCUAAUGCUAAGAGUUUCACCCCAUCUCAUCCGACUGUUAGGUCUCCAUCACCAUUGGUGGUAUCUGAUGGUUCCUUCUAUUAUUCGCCUAAUUUGUCUUCUGUAACACCCAUGCAAGGGAUGCCUGUUGGUUAUGGAAUUGGAACAUCAUUUGGUGCACACCCGCCUGUUAUAUUUAAUCCAGCUAUGGCACCAAUGCAAGCACCACAACCAUAUUAUAAUCCAAAUGUACCUCAGCAGAUGGUUCUGGCCCAACCUAGGCAACUCAUGUAUGUGCAAAACUACCGACCUGUAAGUACCUUAACAUUGUAUUUAGUUUGCUUAUUUGUUCAUUUCCUACCUAUUUUACUUGGUGAUUAUUAAAUCUUUCAUAUGAGACAAUUCUUGGAGAAAACUACUAUUUCUUGGUUCUGUAGUAAAGGCUGAUUCCUAAACUACUCUUCCUUGUGUAAAAGAUGUUAUCUUUUUGAACUGUGAUUUUUUUCUGGUUUUGGGGAAGGGAGAAUAGGUUGGUGAGCAUUGUUGGAUACUUGCUUUUGUUUCUCAAUAUAGAAAAUUGUGCAUCUUAGGGUUCCCCUGGAAUUGAAACAAUCUUUGCAGGAAAUGCGACGGGAUUAUUAGCCAGUUAGCUCAUUGAUAGCAUUCAGUUGUGAUCGGCUCUGCUCUUAAAACAAUAAACAUCUUGGAGACUGCUUGGAUCAAUUUUCUCACAACAAAUCCAGGCAGCCCACGAAAGACCCUAUAGUUCCUUGAUCCCAACAUUCUCUGAGGAAUUGUUUUACAGAUCCUUGGAGAUAAUUUGGUAACCCUGUAUGCUUCAUUCAUACCAUGACUUAAGAAUUGUAGAAUUUGGUAACUAACUUGUACUUCCUGAUUGUUGUUUAAUGUUAACAGUGUUGGAUCAGUUGGCAUUUUGCUCCAUAAAUUGUUAGUCUUUUUGUGUCGCUUAGUUUGCAUUUCUGAGAUAUAGAAGCAACUUACAGCCAUUAGCUUGUUAA